AUAAACCAUAGAGAGAGAGAGAGAGAGAGAGAGAGAGAGAGAUCUGGGGGAGAGAAACGGCUUGCUUUUUUAUUUUUAUUUUUAAUUAAUUUUUUUGCCCUUUUACUCAUCUUCCAUAGCCAGCAGCAGCACACAUCUCAGUCCCCCAUCACUGUGCUCAGUGAUAUAUAUAUAUAUAUAUAUAUGCUACUGUCGUCUCCCUGGUCGUACUCCCAAUCGGGUCAACGUAACGGCUACAUUUCGAUACAAUCGUUGAGGAGGAGGAAGAAGAAGAAGACGAGGCGGACCAAGAGCCGUCCCUCUCUUUCUCCCGCUCCUGUUUCGUCCAUUUGACUCUCUCUCUCUCUUCUCGGGUCGCCUGCUUGCUUCCUCGCCGACCGAUGGACUGCGACGACAAUGGCGGAGCGAAGCCAUGGAAUUGGCAGCCGGAGGAGGACUCUUUUCAAAAAGACACAAACUUCGCAGAUAUCUCUCAGUGCAUUUGGACAGAAGUGACUCAAAAUGAAGAAGAUAUUUCUUACAUGUUUGAUGAGACAACACCAGUCAAGGCCUGUGGUGACUUGGCUUAUAAUGCCGCUGGGAGUGGUAAUAUGAACAAAGAGCUCGAAGAAUGUAGCCAGUCUUACCUUCAAGUGAAGCGGCGAAGGAUGCUACAGUUUGAUUCUCACUCAAUGGAUCCUUCGCUUUGCUGCCACGAGACAUCAUCUGCUUUUCUACGGUCUGAUGAGAGAGAUGACUCAAUCGAAGAGGUUUUCCCUAAUGCAUCUCAGCUGAAUUCGAGGCGGCCAGUAUCUUGCGAUGAGGUGGACCAGUCAACUGAUGUGUGGCUUGCUAAUUGCUUCAAUGACACUGACAUGAACUUCAGUCAUGACGAUGUGAAUUAUUCUGGGAUGCCUUCAGAUGUCCAAAUAGAUAUUUCAGAAUUCUGGAAUGAUCAGCCGGACUCAAAUGUUGCUAGGGUUCAACAAGUCAACCGAACUCCACAGAAGAUUGUUUUUAGAGGUAGAAAGUCCUACAUAAGGCCGCCUCCUAAGCUAGCUUCCUCAGUUGCCUAUCCAUUUGCCUUCAUUAAACCGUGCGGUGCCCAUGGAGACGUCACUUUGAAGGACAUAAAUCAGCGGAUCCGAACCCCGCCACCCCACAAGACAAAGCAGAGCAAUGAAGACCCUUCGGCCUCUUACCCCACUUCGGCCUUCUCUGGGAAGCCUGUUGUCGGGAAGAUGAAGAUUCGCACCGAAGGAGGUAAAGGGAGCAUCACCGUGAUGAGGACCAAAGGCUGAGGUGGAGCCAGGUUAAGUUAAGAUCAUAUGCUCGGAAUUUAACUUUAACGGCCCCCUUUUUGUCUCAUCCCAUUGUUUUUCUGGGUGAGGUUUUGUUGUUUAUUGUCAAUCAUAGGGCCGGUAUAGAAAAAAAAUUUGGCUCUCUGCAAAUUCUUUUGUUGUCUAUCUUCGGGACUCAUAAAUCACAUCCUUGUGCUUAUGUUUCCCAAGUAAUUAUUAUGCCCCAACCGAUGCAACAGCUUCUUGAUGUAGUCAGUCGCCCCUGAUCGAUAAGAUGUAUGAACCUUGUUCUUCUUAAUCUAGUCUAGCUUGUGAAGAUUAAUGUUGUAACUUUUGUGAUAAUGGUUCGAUUUCACUACCGGAACUUGUGAAAUGCCUUUGUGUAUGUUAUCUACUGAAUUAAGCACAUUCUGCAGAAUUGAA